AUGAAAGAUUCAUCGAGCCCAGACUCACUAACACAGGAAUUUCAAACACUUCUGGACUCUCUGGGAAUAGAGGGCGACAAGAGAAAGGCUCUCCUUGUGCUGCCUGCACAGCAGAAGCUCCACAUGAUAAACGCCCAGAAGAAAUCAGUCCAGACAAGCGGCUUAGAUAUCGCAAAACAAUUAAAAAAUAUCAAAAAGCCCUUCACAACCUCCUACAACAUAACGGACAUAGAAAAUUGUGUUAGAGAAAUGGGCGUUCUUAGGCUGAAGUUUAUAACACUCACCGAGCAGGAGAUAGAAAAGGCAAUGGACGAGAACAUCCUGGAAGAGCUCUGGGGCCUUAUAUCGAUGCUCUCUCCUGCCACGUGGCCAACCGACUUUCGGAUGUACAUGCAGAUAGAGAACAGCAGGCAAAACAAGCCUAUAUAUAAAAUCCUGGAGCCAACUGCAAAGUUUUUCAAAACAACUUUAAAAUCGCCUGCGGUCAUUAAAAGACUGCAGACAAACAAAAAUCUUUUCAGAGAAAUAUUCUCGCACUAUCCGUCAGACUAUGUGUUCAUAUCAACCAUAAUUCUUGAGAUAGGAGUGAAGUGCGUGGAUCUGCAGAUGGAUACGAUAGUUGAACACCUGUUCCAGCCUAAGAAAAAAGAAGACCAUCUUUACUGCGUUCCUCUGUGCAGCACGAGAAUCCAGAAUCUGAUGGGAGAGAUAUACUACAACUUAACGUUCAAUACGCUAAAUGAAGAGUAUGCAAACAUGUUCCUGCACCUUCUGACCAAGUUCUACCAGGAAGUUCCGCUUGUUGGGAUCAUGAUAGACAGUCUUUUGAGAAUGUGCGAUGUGUCAAAGGUCUUAGGAAAAAUAGAACAGAUGUAUCCAAGCACAAGAGACCUUGUAGGGGCAAUAAUUGGCCGCCAGGAGAGCGUAAGGCGGCUGGCAUGCGAGAUAGAUGUGCGGUCUAUUGGGAUAGAGACAGAAGAAACAAGAAAAGACCUAGACUGCAUUAUCAAUGUGCUAAGUGUCCUGAACAGAAUAAAAAGCAACAGGAUAUACGACGUGCUGCAGUACAUACGAGGGUGCAUUCUAGAAGAAUCAGCGUAUAAGAACAAAGACACAAAGAAAAUUGAACAGGAAAGAGAAAUAAGAAAACAAAAAACAGAAAAAGAAGAAUACAAGUGUAUUUGCAAGGAUAUUCUCCCCAGGCAUCACGAAAUGCGAAGUGCAGUUCCAUCACCUUCAGAUAUCUCAGUGGCCACUCCAAAGCCCCUAAAAACAGAAGAGUGCAGCAGCACAAAUGGCGAAGAGUCUGCACAUAAGCUAAUGCAGGAUCUGAGCAUACAGAAUAAAAAAGCGGUUGAAUCGGUUUUUGUCCACUCUGAGGAAGGACAGUUAGGUAAAACAGAAAAAACAAAAGAACCAGUUAAAAAAAGCGCAGAACCAGCUCCAAAAGAGAAAAGCAGCGAAGCUAGAAGUAAGAGCCAAAUGGAAACAGAUCCAUUGAAUACAGGAGAGAUAAUAGAACAAAUUAUUGCAAACACAGAAAACAUUACGAAAUCUGAAAUAGAAAAGAAAGAGGCUGUAGUGGAUGGAAGAAGCAGAGAAACAAAAAAAACAGAUUCUCUCUCAGUGCACUCCUUUGCUGUUACUGGCCCACCACCUGCACCGCCUAAGGUAUUUCCAAAGACUGCAGGUGUAGAAAUGCCAUCCAGAGCACCACCCAGCAUGCCACCCAAAAUACCAGGAGCACCGCCUAAAGCACCGCCCAGAAUGCAGUCAAAUAUCUCUACUCCUAGCAUGCCUCCAGGAAUACCACCUAAAAUACCAGGAAUACCUCCCAGAAUGCAGUCAAAUAUCUCCACUCCUAGUAUGCCACCUAGAAUACCUCCAGGAGCACCACCUAGAAAAGAGCCUAUUGCGCCAUCUACUGCAGGCAUAGGAAAAGACAAAAUAGAGUUGGCUCCCAUUGAGACGAAUGGACCAUCAAAGCCUGGGCCUAGGGCACAGUACAUCGAAGAAGCUGGCUUAUUGCAGCCUAGCAACCCGCAGCAGAUUCCAUACGAGGUGCACAUAAGGAAGCCAGGAGCCACAGGGCUGUGGAGCCAGCUGGACAAAUCAGAUCUGAAAAUGUUCAAAAAAGAAGAUUUUGCUGUCUUUGAGAGAAAAAAAGCAGAAAAAUCUGCUGAAGAUAGUAAGCCUGUGCUUGAAGGGGUGAUUGACAAAAAAAGAUGCAAAGCCAUUGACAUAGUGCUUGCCAGAGUUAAAACCACCCAUGAAAAAUUAAUAAAAGCGGUUGACGACUUGAAUGCCGAGCCAUUUUCAGAGACUCUUCUGUCCGGGCUUCUUAAAAGCUAUCCCACAGACGAAGAGCUGGAAAUGGUCCAGAAACACGAUGUGGAGCUAGCGCCUGAAAAGUUCUACAAAAGAGCCAUGCAGGUAGAGGGCUUCAAAGACAAGCUAACGAUCCUCCACUUGAAACUAACUCUGCCAAAUAUCAAGAACAGUUUGCUACCAAAUAUACAGAAAGCCAUUGAAGGAUGCGAGAUAGUGCUGAGGACGAAAGAAGUGCACCAGAUUCUUAGAAUGUCGCUUGCUGUGGUAAAUAUCCUGAACUCCAGCAAUAGAAACCAGGGCGCAUGGGGGAUUAAGCUGGAGUCCCUGCCUCGCAUUCUGGAGAAUAAAGUCAUCGUCUCACUUAUACAGGAAAAGAUGAAAGAGCAGAAAAUAAACAUAGAAAAAGAAGUGGGCGUGAUGAAGGAGGUAAUCAAAAUAUCCACCGACAUAAUAGAGACAGACUGUGCAGAAAAUCAGAUGAAAAAACAGUUUAUAGACAAUCUAGACCUGACAUCAGCACAGAAAAAAUCGGUAGAAGAAGUGGUCUCUGUUCUUAAUGCGCUCCAAAAGGUCUACACACAGUGGAAGAGCGCUCUCAACGAGCUGGGAAUGUUCCUGGCAGAAAAAGAGUUUACAGGACAGAGUCUACAAACUCUUCUAAAGUACAUC